AUGGAAACCACAUUCUUUCUCAACAGGUCUGAUGACCUCUGUAAUGAAUCUGCAAAUGUAUCUGGUAUAACAGCAGUCAUAACUUCAUAUGUAUUAUGUGUCUUUGUUGGCUGUUUAUCAGUUCUUAUAAUGUGUGGAAACCUUCUGGUAAUAAUCUCUAUCAUUUACUUCAAACAGCUCCACACUCCUACAAACUACCUCAUCCUCUCUCUGGCUGUGGCUGACCUGCUUGUUGGUGUUGUAGUUUUGCCUUUUAGCACAAUACUGGCUGUAAGCUCAUGUUGGCAUCUUGAAGGUUUGCUCUGUAAAGUCCGACGCUGCUUUGAUAUAUUUCUGUGCUCAUCUUCUAUUUUUAAUUUGUGCUCUAUUUCUGUUGAUAGAUAUUAUGCAGUGUGUCAGCCUCUGAGGUACAGAACUAAAAUAACUGUCCGUGUUAUUGUGAUCAUGAUCCUAGUGAGCUGGACUGUUUCUGCACUAACUGGAAUUGGUGUCACAAUUCGGGGACUGAAUGAAGAACAAUCUAACAGGUGUCAUUUAUUUCAAUAUUCAAAUUUAGUAAGUUUAGCAAUGGUGACUGGUUUUACCUUUUACCUUUCAAGUAUCAUAAUGUUCACUAUCUACUUGAAGAUUUUGAUAGUGGCACAGAGACAGGUACGCAGCAUCCAGAACACAACCUGUCAGAACACAAAGUCUGGAGCAACCAUCAGUAAGAUGGAGAGAAAGGCCACCAAAACUCUGGCUAUUGUUAUGGGAGUUUUUCUCAUCUGUUGGACUCCUUUCUUUCUGUCUUUCACCUUUAAUCCUCUGACUGAUUACACAAUACCAGCCUCUGUGAUUGCAUCAUUUAAAUGGCUUGGAUGGUCAAAUUCAAUGCUCAAUCCAUUUGUCUAUGGUUUCUUUUACACCUGGUUUCGCACAUCUUUCAGAAUGAUAAUUUCUGGGAAAAUAUUUCAGGGUGAUUUUACUAAGUCUAAGCUCCUUUGA